AUGUCUGCUCCCGCCAACAAGUUCAAGGUCGCUGACCUUUCCCUCGCUGCUUUCGGCCGCAAGGAGAUCGAGCUUGCCGAGAAUGAGAUGCCCGGUCUGAUGGCCAUUCGCGAGAAGUACGCGGCUGACCAGCCUCUUGCCGGUGCCCGUAUCGCCGGUUGCUUGCACAUGACCAUCCAGACCGCCGUCCUCAUUGAGACUCUGACUGCCCUCGGUGCCGAGGUCACUUGGUCUUCCUGCAACAUCUUCUCCACCCAGGACCACGCCGCCGCCGCCAUUGCCGCCGCUGGUGUCCCUGUCUUCGCCUGGAAGGGUGAGACUGAGGAGGAGUACAACUGGUGCCUGGAGCAGCAGCUCGUUGCUUUCAAGGAUGGCAAGAAGCUCAACCUCAUCCUCGACGACGGUGGUGACCUGACUCACCUCGUUCACGACAAGUACCCCGAGCAGCUCAAGGAUUGCUACGGUGUCUCUGAGGAGACCACCACUGGUGUCCACCACCUGUACCGCAUGCUCAAGAACUCCAAGCUUCUCGUUCCUGCCAUCAACGUCAACGACAGUGUUACCAAGAGCAAGUUCGACAACCUGUACGGUUGCCGUGAGUCCCUUGUUGACGGUAUCAAGCGUGCCACCGAUGUUAUGAUUGCUGGCAAGAUUGCUGUCGUUGCUGGUUUCGGUGAUGUCGGCAAGGGCUGCGCCAUGGCCCUCCACGGCAUGGGUGCCCGCGUCAUCGUCACUGAGGUCGACCCCAUCAACGCCCUCCAGGCCGCCAUGGCUGGUUACCAGGUCACCACCAUGGAGAAGGCUGCUUCUCUCGGUCAGAUUUUCGUCACCACCACUGGCUGCACUGACAUCAUUGUCGGCGAGCACUUCUCUGCCAUGCCCAACGACGCCAUUGUUUGCAACAUUGGUCACUUUGACUGUGAGAUCGACGUUGCUUGGUUGAAGAAGAACGCUUCCAGCGUCCAGAACAUCAAGCCUCAGGUUGACCGCUUCUUGAUGCCCAGCGGCCGUCACAUCAUCCUCUUGGCUGAGGGUCGUCUGGUCAACUUGGGUUGUGCCACUGGUCACUCCUCCUUUGUCAUGUCCUGCUCCUUUGCCAACCAGGUUCUUGCCCAGAUCAUGCUUUUCAAGGCUGAGGACAAGGCUUUCGGUGAGAAGCACGUCGCUUUCGCUAAGGCUGGCAAGCUCGACGUUGGUGUCUACGUCCUCCCCAAGGUCCUCGACGAGGAGGUCGCCCGCCUUCACCUGGCUCACUGCAACGUUGAGCUCAGCACUCUCAGCUCCAAGCAGAGCGAGUACCUUGGUCUCGCUGUUGAGGGUCCCUUCAAGGCUGACCACUACCGAUACUAA